AUGUCCACAAAUACUCGCUACGGACUGUACGGCAGCCUUCGCAACGUGUGCAAGCAAACGCGUGCAGAAUUCGGGCCAAUGUACAUGGCCGAAACCGUCCAUGUUGUCCAUCAAGUCACUGCGAAUACAUUUCUCUACUCGUUGUAUCCCGAAUUGAGGCAACAGAAUGAUCUUGCGAGCGAGCAACUCCAGUCAGGCUGCCAGACUGACAAGCAUCAUGCGUCGACUAGCGUCUCUAGCCUACAAGGCAACAUCCAAAUCAUCACGUACUUCGGCCACGAAUACGACGCGACACCACUCAUACAUCUUUGCGUAAAGAAUCCCGCUUUCAAAAUCAGCUUCACAGACGCCAGCGCGUGCCUCCGUCUCGGCUGCCUCGUCAACGACUUCUUCGCUACUAUCUCGUCCGGCGCUUUUCGUCCGCACAUGAAGCGUAUCCAAAGGAUUGCGAUCACGUGCAGCACUCAGCCUGAAAUCACCCUCUUUCUCCCAUACUCGGUGGCAGAUGAUCUUAUGGCACAUGUUGGUGACCCGCGGCAGGCAUUGAAUGAGAUGGGUGCACCGCCUAUGGACGCGUUUGCUGUCGUUUUCAGGGAUGGUACUGAAAUCGACGAGGAGUAUCCGCUCAUGGCCUCCGUAGAAGCGCAGAUGCGGGGUGUUACCAUGAGCGCAUCAAACAGUCGCUUUCUGAACCUUCCAGGUGUACCUACAGAACUACGCAAUAAGAUAUACAGCUUCUGCAUCGAUACAGACCCCGUCCCACUGCGUCUUCGUCACGAUGACCCGAUCAAACCGGUAGGAGGAUGGCGCUGCUUUACACAGACGUGUCGGCAAAUCCGGAAAGAGUUCCACAUUAUCUACAUGACUGAAACUGCGUUCCGCCUAGAAUCCACUUACCACUACGCCCGAUACAUCCGCGAUUUCUAUCCACCUACAGACGAGACCACGAUGCUGCGCUACCGCGGACACAUCAUCAGUGUAGUUGGGCAUAGCCGCGAUGAAGACAUGGGUGUGGACGAGUUCUACGAUGCCGACAUCGCGCGCGUAGUCUCGCUUGUCGCGCGCUCACCGAAGGUUCGCUUCACCUUUGAGCUUCAGAAGGAUCUAAAGAGAUACUCCAUGGCGGCAAAGUGCAUCGCACAGGUCAACAGUAUGCUCUCGUUAUUCGCUGAUUCUUCCAACUCAAAGUGGCGCGACAUGGGCAAGUCGAUCAAAGAGAUGAGACUGAGGGUUCAAUUUUCCGACUCUGCACUCCGAAUCACCAUGAAGCACGACAUGGCUAGGAAGUGGAAGACUGCAGUUCAUGAAAUGUGGAACGAAGCAGCUCAGCCCACGCGUGGCAUACGUGAAUUGAGGCUCUCAUGGCCUGACCCGAACCCGCAGGAGCGUUCAUAUGGGUAUCGGCACAAGUUUUGGUUCAGCGACGAUGACGAUAAGACCAAAAGUUAUAUUUGGCAUUCGUGA